UGAGACACCGGACAACUGAGCUUAAAACUAAAAAGCCGAGAUGAGGAUGAAAGAAAUGCUGAGUCUGGCCCAUGUGCCGUCCAUCCUGGUCCUGGGUGUGGUGUACGUGGCCUACGUGCUGAUCGGAGGGGUGAUUUUCUGGAAACUGGAAGGAGAGCUGGGGCAGAAAGGUGUCAGUGAUUUACUGCAGAAGAAGGAGAAGCUUCUCCUGUCCUACACCUGUCUGGACCAGGACGGCCUGGAGGAAGUGGCGGAGGUUGCUCAGCAGGCGUCUAAAGCCGGUCUGAGUCUGAAAGGAAACCAAACCUCCGACGGCUUCUGGAAGUUCACCAGCUCGGCUGUGUUCGCUGCCACUGUGGUCACUACCAUAGGUUACGGGAACAUGAGUCCCAGCUCCACGGCCGGUCAGAUCUUCUGCGUGUUCUUUGCUCUCAUCGGGAUCCCCCUAAACGUGGUGGUGCUCAACCGAGUGGGGAAGUACAUGCUGGCCGUGGGGAGGAAGAUCUCCGACUUCCUUGAAGGGAAGAGCGGGCGUAAGAAAUGCACCCGGUUUUUCGUCCACCUGGUGUCUUACAUCUGUGGAGCGCUCCUCUUCUUCAUCAUGCCCAUGCUGGUGUUCCAGCAGCACGAGGGCUGGACCUACUCCCAGGCCAUCUACUACUGCUUCAUCACCCUCAGCACCAUCGGCUUUGGGGAUCUGGUGGCAGACAGCAAUCCGGACAAAAACUAUCCCGACUGGUACAGCGUCCUCAUGGCCUCCUGGAUCUUCUUCGGCCUGGCCUGGCUGGCGCUGGUCAUCAACCAUUCCAGCGACAUCCUGGAGCGACUCAACAGCCACUUCAAGCAGCACUGGUGCGGCGAGAGGGAGGAAGAGGAGGAGGAAGAGGCCCGUGGGGCGGGUGACCACCCCGGCCCCCAGCCGGAGGAGGAGGUCAAAAAGCCUCCAGAGACUCAGUGAUCGGCCCAAACUAGGUGAAAGUGUCACUGGUUACAGAACCACCGGCUGGGACGUUAGGAUUUGGAAAACACGGUAAAUCAGAGUCUGAUCACAUUAGGCUGUAAAGUCUGAAGGAUCAAUUAUUAAUUAAUGUGCUACAGAGCAAAAGUUUAUCAGGGUCAAUACGGUCUCACACAGGAGUGGCCAAAGAUGACCUCAUCAAUAAAUGUUUCAAGAAUGCAUUUUAUUACAGUAAGCAAACGGGGUAUAUACAUAAAUAAA